AUGACUGAUAUUAAUAAUAACAAAUAUUCCAAAUUAAAAGUGAAAAAAAACAAAAAUAAAAAGAACAAUAAUAAAAAUAAUGAUAAAAAUAAUACUCUUCUUGUAAGUCCUAAUGAUAAACUGAAGAAAGAGAAAAGAAAAAAAAAACACAAAAAUUUAAAUCAAAAGGUAAUACAUAAUAAUAAUAAUAAUAAUAAUAUACAUAAGGAUGAACAUAUAAAUGAACAAAGUAAUAACCAUAUAUAUGUAAACAAUAGGACUAAGAAAAAGAAAAAAAAUAUAGAGUUAAUAAAGGAUAAAUGGAUAAAUAAAAAGAAAAAGAAAAAAACAAAAAAAAAAACAAAGAAAAAAACUAAUAAUACUACCAUAUAUGAUAAUGAUAAUAAUAUUAAUGUUGAUGAAGAGGAAGAAAAAAAAAAAAAAAACGUAUUUCCCUAUAUCAGUGUAUUACGAGAAAAUGUUGUAAAUAACAAAAUCCAUAUACAUGACACAAAUGAGGCUUAUAAAUAUGAUUAUGCCGAUUUAGAAAAUAAUAAACAAAAAUAUAAAAAAAAAAAAAAAAUUGAAAACAGUCCAGAAGAUAUAGUUAAUUCUUCUUUAUUCAGAUAUAUUAAUGAAUAUAUGUAUACGAAUAAUAGUGAAGUUGUACAAAAUAAAUUAAAUCAAACGAAAAAUGUUUUUAAUAUAUAUCAUCAAGGAUAUAAAAAUCAAAAAAACAAAUGGCCACACAAUCCUGUAUCUAUUAUAAUUAAACAUUUGAAAAAGUAUUUUAACAAAAAUAAUAAAAUUGCUGAUUUAGGAUGUGGAGAAGCAGAAAUAGCAAGAACGUUAGAUGGGUGGUACAUAAAGUCAUUUGAUCUUAUUCAAUAUAAUCAUUAUGUUACUCCUUGUAAUAUAACUCAGUUACCAUUAAAUAAUAAUUCUUAUGAUUGUUUUAUUUUAUCACUAUCUCUUAUGAACACAGAUUGGCCAAAAAUUAUAUUCGAAUCAGUUCGUUGUCUAAAAAAAGGGGCAACAUUAAUAAUAGCUGAAGUAGUUAGUCGCUUUACAAAUUAUAAAGCUUUUAUAAAAUUUAUGAACAACGUUGGAUUUAAACUAUCAAACAAGAUAAAUUUGGAUGACUUUUUUUACGUAUUUUUUUUUGAGAAGAAUCAAGAGGUAGAUAUUUCAUCUAGCAUAAACGAAAAAAGAAUUAAAAAGGUUUCUUCCUUAUUGACUCCUUGUAUAUAUAAAAGAAGAUAA